UCAUAUCCAUAUAUAUAUACACACAUAUAGAUACAUGUUCUAAGCUCCAAGCUCCACCCAUGGAAGGAAAAUCUACAGCCGUUGAUUUCUUCAGCAUGGAGAAGAGAUCCAACGGCCCUCAUUCCGCCACGCAUCCUCCCAUCUACCAGCGCAGACGAAGCUUCCGCGAUAUACAAAGCAUCGUUACGAAGAUGAAACCAGAAGUAGUGAGAAGUGUGAUUGCAAAUGGAGGGUGGAAUUCCCAAAAUACCCCUACCUAUUCUUACUGUGAUCCCACGCUUAGGCUGAAUAAUGAUGAUUGCACUACUACUUCUGCUCCAAUGACCAUUUUCUACAAUGGAAUGGUUUCUGUUUUCCAAGUUUCGCCCAAAGAGGCACAAGGCAUUUUAAAAGCUGCAGAUGAUAUGCUUCCAUGACAAGAAAAUCUGGCUUGCUCUACUUGUAUGUAUAUAUUUAUUUAUCUUUUUGUAAUAGAUUAUAAAAUAUAUUAUUUUGCAAUUUAUGUUCAAAAUAAUAAUUAUUAAAUAGUUGUUUGUAAUGAUAUAUAUACUUUGUUAAUGAUGUGAUAAUUCUUUUUCCUAUAAUAUAUAUAUAUAUAAACUUAUAUGAAAUAAAAUAGUAAAAGUUAUUUUCUUCGCUCUAA